AUGGAAACCAAAGUAGCUGUAGUCACUGGUGCAAACAGAGGUCUAGGUUUUGAAAUCGUAAAAGGUUUAUGCCAAAAGUUUAAUGGUGCUGUUUACCUCACAUCUAGGGACGAAGAAAGGGGCCAAAAAGCCGUCCGAGAUCUAGAAGAAUUAGGGCUACACCCGCUUUUUCAUAUUUUAGAUGUUACAAGUGAUGAGAGUGUUGAAAAAUUUGCUUCGUUCAUAAAAUCCCAUCAUGGUGGAAUCGAUGUUUUAGUAAACAAUGCGGGUAUUUUGGACUUUGAUAAACCAAUUUCCUCUUAUGAAGACGCAAAGAAGCUUCUCGAUACGAAUUUUUAUAGUCUUUUAAAAAUAUCUGAACAUUUAUAUCCUUUAUUAACCAACAGUGCUCGUGUUAUUAACAUUAGUAGUGAUUGGGGUCUGCUGUCAAAUAUUAGGAAACAAAUUUGGUUGGAUACAUUGAUAAAAGACAAUUUAACCCUUGAUGAAAUAUUACAGUUUGUGAAUGAUUUCCUACAAGCAGCUAAGAAUGGAAGAAAUGCAUUUGGUGCAUUUGCUGGAAAUUAUGGUGAUUAUAAAGUCUCAAAAGUAGCACUAUCCGCUUUGACUUUUGUACAUCAAAAAGAAUUUGUCAGGCUAGGUAAAGAUAUAUCUGUGAAUUGUGUCCAUCCUGGAUUUGUUAAGACGGACAUGACAAAAGGGAUGGGAAAUUUUACUCCAGAACGUGGUGCUAGAGCUCCUUUGUACUUAGCAUUGGAAGCUCCACAAACACUUAAGGGUACCUUUAUUUGGCAUGAUUGCCAUAAAGUCAACUGGGAUGAUUGA